UCCGUCACAUCCGGUGCCUCCUUUCCGCAGCGCGCGAGCGAGCGAGCGGCUGAAGGUCGAGUCUUUGCGGACGGACAGUCGGUCGGAGAGCAGCGACGUUGCGGACUGUGUGGUAACUAAAUAUCUUCAGAAAAUCUGAAUGGAGAGUAUUAGAGCAUCCAUUUCUAACUUUUUUGGAGGCGAGUUGAGAUCAUAUACUCGAUUUAGUCUGACACGCCAAGCGGAUGGAGAUAUGAGCAGAGUUGAGAUGAAAUCAGCAGACACUGAGAAUGAUGAGGAAAUAGGAGAUGGGAUGGUAGAUGGCAUGCUGACACGCAUCCAGAAACCUCACGAUAAAUGUAAAAGCACCAUGAAAACUUUAAUGUUUGCUGUUUUUUUUCUUACAAUAGGAUUUCUAGUUGGUUAUCUUGCAUUUCGUGGUCAGACACCAAGAACAACGCAUACUGUGACAGAACCAUCUCCAAGACCAAAUGUACCUAUGAAUACACAGGAGCAGGAGCAGGAGGAGGAGCAGGAGGAUGAUUAUAAUGAGGAUUAUGAUGAGGUUUCAGUACUACAUUUCUCUGAUCUUCAGAAAAUGCUGCAAGAAUCUCUGGCCGAGACUGAACUGGAGCCUAUAAUUCGCAAAGUUUCUGAGAUCGGUGAUCACCAAACUGGUUCCAAUGGCGAUCUGACUAACGCUAUGUACAUCAAAGAAGAGUUCACGAAGAUGCUUCAGCAGCAAAACGUCUGGAUUGAUACCCACUACGUAACAUUGCAGGUUAACAGCAAAUCUCCAAAUAGAAUAUGGAUCGUUGGUGGUGCAAAGAACGAAGAGGUAGUGUUAGAAGAGAAAAAUUCAAACGUGUAUUGUCCAUUUAGUGCAAAUGGUACAUUCACGGGCAAACUCGUAUAUGCUAAUUACGGGACAGAAGAUGACUUUAAAGAAUUGCAGAAACAAAUGGAUGUCAAUGGCACUGUUGUCAUUGUUCGUGCGGGCGAGAACAAUUUUGCUGAGAAGGUUUUUAACGCUGAGAAGAUGAAAGCUGGAGGUGUUCUAAUCUAUCCUGAUCCCAAGGAUUAUCAACUAAAUGGAGAUGUGGCAAUGUUUGGACAUGUUCACAUGGGCUUGGGUGAUCCUCGGACUCCUGGAUUCCCUUCCUUCAAUCAUACGCAGUUUCCUCCAACCAAAUCAUCAGGACUUCCUGGAAUUUUGGCUCACACAAUCAGUGCCAAUGUUGCCUCUCGUCUACUCCACUUGCUUGGUGGUGUAGAUGCUCAAAAGAGUUGGCAAGGCAUUGGUAAUAAACUUGGACCAGGGUUUGCUGAUGAUAAUGAACAAGUAAAGCUAGAAGUGAAUAAUGUUGAAGAAAUGAGACAGAUGCAUAAUAUAUUUGGUGUUAUUCAGGGUAACGAAGAAAAGGAUCAUUACGUUGUGAUUGGUGCUCAGCGUGAUUCCUUUGGCCCUGGUGCAGCAGAAUCUGGAGCAGGAACUGCUUUGCUGCUGGAAUUGGCAAGAAUCUUUUCUAAGUUGGUUGAAGGUGGGUUCAGACCUAGACGAAGUAUAGUCUUUGCAAGCUGGAGUGGUGGUGAUUUCGGAGCAAUUGGAGCAACGGAAUGGCUGGAGGGAUACAUGUCUGUGUUGCAUUUGAAGAUCUGUAUGUACAUCAGCCUCGAUAAGACAAUACAGGGAGGAAACGACUUCAAAAUGUAUGGCAGCUCCAUGUUGCACAACCUAAUUCGACGCUCGAUUGAAAUGGUGAAGAGUCCUUUAUCUUCAGAAAACAUUUUCAAAAAAGCUCAAGCAGUUAAUAGUAAUUGGGAGGAAACAGUUUUGGUACCAAUUCCUUUGGAUACCAGUGUUUAUGCAUUCUUGGCAAUUGGUGGGAUUCCAACUGUUGGACUGUGUUUUGUCAAAAACGAUAAGUAUCCAUUCCAUACAGAAAUGGAUACAGUGGAUACUCUCUUACAGUUCACAGGGGGCAAUCUUGAGGCAGUAGGUCGUGCCGUGGCUGAAGUUGUUGGAAUUUCAGUAAUUAAGCUAACUAUGCAUCAUAGUCUUCCACUUGAUUACCAAAAAUAUUCUAAUGAACUGACUAAUCAAAUUGUUAAAUUUCAAAAAUACACAACAUUGCUGGAGGAACGUGGACUGACUCUGCGGUGGCUGUAUUCAGCACGUGGGGCCUACUUCCGUGCUGCACAUGAACUGUCAAAUGAAAUAGAUGGUUCUGAUUUGAAUGAUGCUUUGCUCUGCAGAACCUACAACAAUCGAAUGAUGAGGGUGGAGUACAAUUUUCUUUCUCCUUAUGUGUCUGUAACCAGUUGCCCAAAUAGACACCUGCUUUAUGGCAGAGGACACCACACACUUCAUGGUAUUCUGGAGCAGCUGGCACUUCUGGAGAAGACACCAGACCUUGUUGAUUUCAAUGUGAUUCGUAAUGAUUUGGCAUAUGCUACCUGGACAAUCCAGGGAGCAGCUGAAGCACUUGCUGGAGAAGUGUGGACAAGCAACGAUGGCUACUGAUCUGUGACUUCAAAGGCAUUUAUGAUGGUUUGUCAGUGGGCAUAACAUUCACUCAGAUGCUGAGACAUUAUUGCCUUUGGUAGUUGUAGAAUUUAUGGAGUAAACAUGUUGAUUAGAAACUAAAUGCAGGAUACUUUCAGCAAAUCAGGCAGCAAAUGUAGAAAGGGUCAAUAUUUUGGAUCCAAGAUCCUUCAUCAAAUUAAUUUAAUUUUUCAUUAGAAACAUUUUGUUACAUAAAGCUGCAUUUUUCUUUUAAAUUUAAGCACAAAGGCAAAUAUAUAAAGUUUAAGAACAGACAAGUGAUUUAUGUUGUAAAAGUGAAGAGGCAAUAAUAUCUCAGCUUUGUCAUUUGUAACAUCCUACACUUUAAGCUGCUGCAAGCCAUUUUUUACAUUAGCCUUUAGAAGAGAAUG